AUGAAGCGCGUCGCGUUUCUGCUUCUGCUGCACACAUGUCUACUAGCUUCGCAUCACCUCACCGCCGCGGCGAGUAGCCGUCGUGAGCUGCAAGCGUCGUGCCCCGCGGGCGUGGUGUGUCCGGCGGGCGCGUCUUGCGUGGUGGACGGCAGCGGCUACCCGUUCUGCAAGUGCGCGGCGGGACAGGCCAUCAUCAACGGCGUGUGCGCGCCGACCGCCAGCUGGGCGGAGGUCGGCACCAACGUCGUGAUCUACAACAAGGGCAAUUACGUCAACGCGCCCUCCACCCUCGCGCCCGCCGUGCUGCGCGGCGCGGCGCCGAACACGAGCGCGUGCGUGAACCUGCCAGCGGCGUUCAACGGGACGGUGGGCUCGUUUCGCAUCAUGUGGAACGUGAACGACGGCGUGGCGGACCACCUGGUGUGCGGCAAGCUCUUCUUCUGGGACAAACCCAACUGCUGCUGCUCGGGGUCGGGUUACCAGAUCCCCGGCGGCUGGACCGCCGUCAACCCCAACACCUACACCUACUCCACCACCAGCAUCAAGUCCACGAGCGGCAUAAUCGCGACGGGCAGGUCUAUCUCGUGCCAGGCCGCCAUCGCCACCAACACGUACCCCUGCGCCACCAAGACCUGCCCGGCCAACGCCUCGUGCUCCGUCGUCAACGGUGCCGCCGUGUGCACGUGCAACGCUGGGUUUAACAUGGUCAACGGGCAAUGCGUUGCGCCCGACCCUUGCGCAGGGUACACCUGUCCCACCAACGCAGCAUGCUCCAACGUCAAUGGUGUUGCCACGUGCACAUGUAAUACCGGCUACCAGAUGGUCAACGGCCAGUGCGUGGUGCCUGACCCUUGCGCGGGGUACACCUGUCCCGCCAACUCAGCAUGCUCCAACGUCAAUGGCGUCGCCACGUGCACGUGCAACACUGGUUACCAAAUGGUCAACGGCCAGUGCGUCGUGCCCAACCCGUGCACGGGGUAUACGUGUCCCGCCAACUCAACAUGCUCCAACGUCAAUGGCGUCGCCACGUGCACAUGCAACACUGGUUACCAGAUGGUCAACGGCCAGUGCGUCGUGCCGGACCCCUGUGCGACGGCCAACUGUCCGCUCAACUCGAUGUGCAGCAACGUCAACGGCGUGGCCACGUGCACGUGCACUGCGGGCUUCCAGAUGGUCAACGGCGAGUGCGCCGCGCUGCCCCCAUCGGACCCAUGCGCGAGCACCACGUGUCAGGCCAACGCCAACUGCACCGUCGUCAACGGCGCCGCCACCUGCACAUGCCUGCCCGGCUUUGACCCGGUCAACGGCGCCUGCAUAGCGUCCGACCCAUGCGCGGGAUUCACAUGCCCCGCCAACGCAGAAUGCUCCAACGUCAAUGGCAUUGCCACGUGCACGUGCAAUACCGGUUACCAGAUGGUCAACGGCCAGUGCGUGGUGCCCAACCCGUGCACGGGGUACACCUGUCCUGCCAACUCAGCAUGCUCCAACGUCAACGGCGUCGCCACGUGCACGUGCGAUACCGGUUACCAGAUGGUCAACGGCCAGUGCGUGGUGCCCAACCCGUGCACGGGGUACACCUGUCCCGCCAACUCAGCAUGCUCCAACGUCAAUGGCGUCGCCACGUGCACGUGCUCCGCGGGCUACCAGAUGUCCGACGGCCAGUGCGUUGCAAUCACCGACCCCUGCACAACCACCACGUGUCCCGCCAAGGCCACGUGCAGCAGCGCGAAUGGCGUGGCCACGUGUGUGUGCGCCGUGGGCUACACCAUGGUCAGCGGCGCCUGCCAGCCGGCCGCGCCCUGCUCGUUGGUGACAUGCCCGGCCAACUGCACGUGCUCCUCCGCCAAUGGCGUCGCCAAGUGUGACUGCCCCAAGGACCUGUGCUACGGGGUGAAGUGUCCCGACGUCUCUAGGUGCACCUUCCUGCUUGGCGCGCCCGUGUGCACGUGCCCUCCGCCCUACACGCGCCUCAUCGACAACAAGUGCACCAACGCCACGCUGCCCUUUUCCAACUAUCUCGACAAUCACAACGCCGCCAGGGCGGCGGUGGGCGCCAUUCCCCUCGUGUGGAACGCCACUCUGGCAACGAGGGCGCAGGCGUGGGCAACAGCGCUGACCAACAGCACGUACAACUGCGGGCUGUCACACGGCGGCAACAGCGGCGAGGGGCAGAACCUGUCGGGCGCCAGCCCCUCGGGGUGGGCCUCAGAUGCGGCGGCCGUGAGCUGGUGGGUGGGCGAGGGCGACCUCUACUCGUACGCCGUCUUCUCGGGGGGCUGCAGCACCGGCAACUGGGCUGACUGUGGUCACUACACGCAGGUCAUUUGGAACAACACGCGCACCGUGGGCUGUGCCAAGGCAUCGUGUGGCACGAGUGCAGAUGUGUGGGCGUGCCACUACUACCCGCCCGGCAACUAUGGCGGGCAGCUGCCCUAUGUGCAAGACCCGUGCUACCGGGUGGCAUGUCCGUCCACAGCGACGUGCACGGUGCGGUACGGGCAGGCGGUGUGUGUGUGUGGGGCGGGGCAGGUGCUGGUGAACAACGCCACGUGCCAGCCCGACCCCUGCAGCAGUGGCAGUACCACGUGCCCCGGCAACCUCGUGUGUGACGGCUCCUCCGGCUCCGCCCAGUGCGCCUGCCCCACCGGCCUCGUGCCCAUCAGUGCAGACACCUGUCGCCGGCGUGUGUGGGAGCGGUGUGUCCGGCGCAGGCGACCGGUGGACGGGAGUGGGUACCCGUUCUGCCAGUGCCCCACGGGGUGGUACAUGAGCAGCAACGUGUGUGUGCAGGGCACACCCACAGCCGUGGCGGCCACGAGCCUGGCCAUCUACAACAACGCCUCCUACACCUCCACUGCCCCCGCGCUGGGCCCCACGCUCGUGCGCACGGGGCUGCCCGCCAACUCGUCGCGCGGCAGCUGCGUCGACAUCCCCGGCGGCAUCGCCGCGGCGUCGCUGCGCGUGCUGUGGAACGUGCCCGACAGCACGGGGGCACCCAAGCAGUCGUGCGGGCUGCUGUGGUUCUGGACCAGCGCCUCCUGCUACGGCUCCGCCACCGGCUAUUACCGCCCCGCUGGCGAUGUCACCAACUUCGCCACCACAUCGGGCAACGUGGCCCUCGUCAAGGCCGUUGCCUGCGCCAUCUGA